AUGUUGGCAACCGACAUUGGGGCUUUGUUGGCUAUCGACAUUGGCGCAAUAUUGGCUGUCAGCAUUGAAGUAAUGUUGGAUGCCAACGUUGGGAAAAUGGUGUCUACUAACAUUGGGAGAAUUUUCGUCUUGUUUUCAUUUUCAAAGGCUCUGUGGAUUGGCCACGCGCUCCACGACACUGGGCCGACAAUAAUCCAUCAUUUCGCUGAUCCCUUGACGAGACUCUCAUAUCCGAACAUCGCUUCCGGUUUCGGCAUUUCUAGAGCACUCCUCGAGACCCUCAAGAUCAGAGUGCGCUCAGGAGUACCUUCGGACAACGAUUUCAUAAUCGAUGCCUCGUACGAAUUCUCAAAUUUCGUACAUAACAAUGGGAAAGGUCCUCAACUCAUUCACCUAUCGGAGUUUUGUGUUGAUUCCGCCGAAACCUGCGCGACGUAUCCAAAGAAAUUUCCGUCAUGCGGAAAUCCUGUGUCGAUAGGAAACAUUUUCUUUGCUGUAAAGACGUACAACGUAAAUCACAGUAAGAGGAUGCCGCUUUUGUUGAAGACGUGGUUGAGACAUACCGUGCAUUACGCUCUCUUCAGUAAUGAAGAAGAUGAGAAAUUAGAGAAUGUAAUCGUCGUACCUCAUACCACUGAGGGACACUGCGCGAAGACAUACGGUCUUCUGCAACAUGCAGAGAAAAUAAUGAAAAAGAAAAAGAUCGAGUGGCUAGUCGUGACUGAUGAUGACACUAUUCUCAGCGUCUCACGAUUAUCCAAAAUGCUGUCAUGCUACGAUGCGAAGCAACCGAUGGCCAUAGGUGAACGUUACGGAUUCCGAGCAACAGAAGAGACUGGUUACGAGUAUCUUACUGGUGGGGCUGGCCUGGCCAUGUCCGCUCCACUGCUCACAAAAAUCCUGACAUCGAAUUCUUGCAAUUGCCCGAUGAUGUCUGCACCAGACGACAUGUUCCUCUUCGGCAUCUGUCUGAUUCGACUCGGCCUCCGACCCUCAACAUCGCCGUUAUUCCAUCAGGCUCGGCCUCAGGACUAUGCAGAGGGCUUCCUCGCCUCCCAAGAACCUGUGUCUUUUCAUAAAUUUUGGAUGAACGAUCCGGUUCGGGUCUACAGAGACUGGUUCAAGGAAGCGGAUGACGAACUGACGCCUGUGCAGCAUCACCCAGAGUUGUGACGAAACAAUAGUUCUUGGAUCAUUACAGUACAAAAUUGUCGAUGUAUUCAUAAGACUGUUUAUUUAAAAAAUACAUAUAGCAUUGAUUUCA